AUGUACUUUCACAACCAAGACGAGGUGGAUCAGUUUGUAUCUUCAUACCCAGUUGUUUCGGGAAACACUCGAGUACCUAGCAAGGUAAAGCUGCAGACAGUAUAAUUAUUGAUCACAGUAAUGCUAUGUAGAAUGUAAUACCUUUGGCAAUUGAGGAAAAUUAGAAAACAGUACCCGUAGAGGAACGACAGUGUCACAAUGUUAAUGAUACCACAUACACUCAACGGUAUUUAGAAGAUCUGCACUCUCAUGCUUUACAAUUUCACUCGUUAAGCACUCCCUGUAACAAUUUUGUACUUUUUUAGGAAUGUAGCAAUUUUCAGGCUGGUUCUGAAAUGACAUCUAAGGGCAAAUAUUAUGCUCUUGAUGAAACUGCUGUUUGUGGAUUGGGAUGCAAACACGGCAUUCCUAUGGAUUUUUUAAAUCUUAAGGGUGGUGAAAGGUAUACUUUAUUGAUUCUGGUAAACUGCAUGUUUUUAAUUCUUGAAACUGUUCAUUACAGUAAUUGUUAUAACUAUUUUUUAUGCUGUAAAGCAUUUUGCUUGAUUAAAUUCUUCUUCAAAAUAAAUACUUUAACACAUUCCACUUGAUGUUUCCACUUAACGCAUUCCACUCAAUAAAGCAAACAAUUUCUCGACGUUUCGAGCUAUAAAGCCCUUCAUCAGGAGAGUUGAAUAGAUUGAAUAUGAGAAAAUACAGUAUGAUGCUUUUAUAGUGAAAACUAAUGAAAGAAGUCACGUGUAUCAAAGCUCAUUUUCAAUCUAUUUAACUCUCCUGAUGAAGGGCUUUAGCUCGAAACGUCGUGAAAUUGUUUGUUUUAUCUCUCAGGUCCUCGUGAAAUCAAUCGUUUGUGUUUUUAAAAGACCAGAGGCUGCAUUCUUUCUAUUUAUUAUAGACUUGCCUAUGGUGUUUACUUGCUCACAUGUUUGACUGCGAAAACUGGAAAUGGCGUAACCAUACAUUUUAUGUACGAUAUAUGCUGUCUUCUUGAAACACAUCUUAAG